UUCCAUAUGCCGGUUGAAAAGGGGAAACCGUGGCUUGCUGUGUAUUUUCCAACGAAACACAGGCAUUUGGAUACACGAGCCUACGAAUUAACGUUGGGUAAUCAAAGUGUAUAGCUAAGGGACUUAGCGUGUUAAACUAGACAGAAUGGGAGAGGGAAUUAACGAUAACAUGAUCAACACAAAUGGUGCUGAUAACAUGGACGUGACUCACACAGAAGAGACAGCAGACAGCGAUGUGAAAUACUACACCUUGGAAGAAGUAAAAACUCAUAAUAUGAAGACGGACGCAUGGCUUAUCAUCCACGAUAAAGUGUAUAACAUCACCAGUUUCUUGGAAGAGCAUCCAGGAGGAGAGGAUGUUUUGAUGGUGCAGGCAGGUGCAGAUGCCACAGUGAGCUUUGAGGAUGUUGGUCACUCUACAGAUGCCAGGGAGAUGCUCAUCAAGUACUACAUUGGGGAGCUCAAGAUGGAUGACCGGAAGAAGGAAGGCACAAAGGAAGAAUUCAUUACAACUUCAGGAGAUGGCUCCAGCUCGUGGACAACAUGGUUGAUACCUGCCAUAGUUGCAGUUGUUGUGGGUAUCAUGUAUCGAUACUACAUGCAGGAGCGCAAGUCUUCCUGAGCCCUGACGCUGUUGUCUUCUCAUUCUUUGUCUGGAGGCCUUGACAUGUUUGACCAAACCCCCCCCCCCCCCCCUUCCAUUGAACAACUUUUCAGAGGUGCGCCCCCACGUCCCACUCAACUCACACAGUGCCCUCACCUUGAGGGAAAGGACAAAACAAUCCCCUUGCCCCUCAGCUUUCUUUUCUACACCUCAUCCAACAGGCUUUGGGGCGAAAUGCAUCUGGAAACUUUCUGCCCUCAGUCUCUAUAAAUUGGUUUCUAAUCUA